AUGGUCGUUUUUGAUACCGGUUCGUCAAACCUCUGGGUUCCUUCUAAAAAGUGUUCGUGGUUGGAUAUUGCCUGCUGGGUACACCACCAAUAUGACAGUGAAAAGUCCAGUUCGUACAAGAAGAAUGGCACCGAUUUCUCCAUCCAUUACGGAACUGGCAGCCUUACAGGUUUUUUGAGCACUGACACUGUCAAGCUCUCUGACAUUCGAGUACCCGAUCAAACGUUUGCUGAGGCUACUCAACAACCGGGCAUUGUGUUUGUGAUGGCAAAGUUCGAUGGAAUUCUAGGAAUGGGUUUCAGUUCCCUGUCAGUUGACAGCGUUGAACCGGUCUUCUACAAUCUCGUUCGCAGAAACCUUGUUGCUCAACCUGUGAACUCUACAGAUGUCAUCGGUGGUGAAAUUAUGAUCGGUGGCAUCGACGAACGUUACAUUGACGGACCCAUCAUUUACACUCAGGUAACUCGAGAAGCCUAUUGGGAAUUUCGCGUUCAGGGCAUUACGGUUAACGGUGUGCCAUUAUGUGAGGGUGGAUGCAGCGCCAUCGCGGACACGGGGACUUCGUUAAUUGCCGGCCCUACAGAGUCGGUGCGACGCUUGGCUGCAGAAGUAAAAGCUCGACCUUUUCCUGGCGGUAUCUAUAUUGUCCCAUGCAACUUGGUCUCCACCUUACCAAUCGUCACCUUUACCAUCGAGUCGACAGAAUUUACUCUAGCUCCAGAAGAUUAUAUUCUCAAGGUAAACCAAUUUGGUCGCACUGUAUGUUUGCUCGGAUUUAUGGCAUUGGACGUCCCCGGCCACCCGAUGUGGAUACUAGGGGACAUUUUUCUUGGCAAGUACUACAGCAUCUUCGAUCUGGGCCAAAAGCGUCUUGGGUUUGCACCUGUGAAGAACCAAUCAAAAUCAUCCAUAAAUCCAUCUGGUAGUAGCCGUCGUCGCAAGGUCGUCCCCAUGGCCAAUCUUGUGCCUGCCCAGCAACUCUAUACCUAA